CACCUUCAUUUGUGUCUUUAAUAAUAAAAAGUUUUUUUCCAUUUUCCAUUCUCGAUUUUCGGUUGUUUACACAAUUUUUUGUUGAUUGAUCACCAUUUCUUUUUUUUCAAAAUGUCCAUGAUGUUAAGAACAACAUUGAAUUCGAUUGCUCGUGUACCAGAAUCUAAACAUUUUGUUCAAUCAUCACGAGCAUUUUGGUUUGGACGUGAAAAAGUUCGUUUUCCCAAAGAUGAUGAUCAUGCUACUGGUGAAGAACGUUUAGUUCGUAUGGCAAUUGCAAGAGGAAUUAAAGAUCCAUUUGAUCUUCAAGAACAAGUUCGUGGACCAGGAACUAAAGAUAAUCCAAACAUAAUCAAAACAUUUUCCGGUUCACGAAUGAUCGGUUGUAAAUGUGAAGAAGAUUCAACUGCAAUCAAAUAUAUGUGGCUACAUCUUGGUGAACCAAAACGUUGUGAAUGUGGAUUUUGGUUUAAAGCUGUACCAGCUGAAAAAUUUUGGGAGCAAAAAGAAUAAAUUGA